UCCAAAUAAAAUUUCCUAUAUAAGAUUUUUAUAAACAUGACAAUCCCAUGAAUUUCGUUUUCUCAGCCAACUCAAUAAAACCCCAUCAUUGAUAUUAUCAUUGUUAUUUUUCACAAUAUGGGUUCUCUUCUCUGCUUGCUUAUGGUUAUUCUCCCAUCAUUGUUUUACAAUGUUUCAGCUGCUUGUUCUAAUGGAACUUGCAGGCUACUUGAUGAGUGUUCAUCUGAUAAAGAUUGUGGAAGUGGACUGUAUUGUUUCUCAUGUCCAUUUGGGUUCACAGGCUCAAGGUGUGUCAGAUCAUCAAUCACUAAUCAAUUCAAGCUCAUAAACAAUUCUCUACCGUUCAACAAAUAUGCAUUUUUGACAACACACAAUUCAUAUGCAAUCGAAGGGGAGCCAUCUCACACAGGCGUGCCACGUGUCACAGUCACCAACCAAGAAGACAAUGUUACACAACAACUUAAUAAUGGAGUUAGAGCACUAAUGCUGGAUACAUAUGAUUUUAAAGGGGAUGUUUGGUUAUGCCAUUCAUUUGGAGGCAAUUGCUAUGACUUCACAGCUUUUGAACCUGCUAUAGACACACUGAAGGAAAUUGAAGCUUUUCUUUCAGCAAAUCCAUCAGAAAUUGUCACAAUUAUCUUGGAAGAUUAUGUUCAUACCCCAAAUGGUUUGACAAAGGUUUUCACUGAUGCUGGACUAAUGAAGUAUUGGUUCCCCCUAAGUAGAAUGCCCAAGAAUGGUGGAGAUUGGCCUCUUGUUAGUGACAUGGUUUCCAAAAACCAAAGAUUACUAGUCUUCACUUCUAUCAAGUCUAAGGAACAAAGUGAAGGCAUUGCAUACCAGUGGAAUUACAUGGUUGAAAAUCAAUAUGGAGAUGGUGGAAUGAAAAAUGGAAGCUGUCCAAACAGGGCAGAGUCAUCUCCUCUUAAUGACAAAAGCAAAUCAUUGGUGUUGGUAAACUAUUUCCAAACUACUCCAAUUAAGCUAAUCACAUGUAAAGAGAACUCUGGAGCACUAAUUGGUAUGCUAAGAACUUGUUAUGGUGAUUCUGGUAACCGUUGGGCUAAUUUUGUUGCUGUUGAUUUCUACAAGAGAAGUGAGGGAGGAGGUUCUUUUCAAGCAGUGGACACUCUCAAUGGGAAGCUAUUGUGUGGAUGUGAUGAUGUUCAUGCAUGUCAGGCUGGAUCAACUUCACAAGCUUGUUCAUCAACAUAGAAAGCAGAAUGGUUGUUGGCUAGUGCAUAGUGUUGUCAAUUUACAUUUAAUUCAUUUUAAAUCAUUAUUGCUUGCAACUGUAAUUGGAUAUUUGGAUCACACACUACAACUUUGGAGAAAAGUUACAUAUACCAAUACUUGUUUUGCUA